CUCUGAACAUAAAUGUCCCAGCACUUAACAGGACGCACAGACUUUCAAUGAAAACCCCUAUAAGUACUGUUUGUUAGAUUUUAACAUGAGUGUGCGCUUUUGACUUUUCUCUCCGAUAUAUGCUCUUCACUGAGUCAUGUUAUCACAAAUAAGCCCUUAAACCGAAGCUACAGUUAAAAGUGAAUAGUCAUCAGAACGGAAUCUGACAUUUUUCUCGUUAGAAACAAAGUAUUUAUGUACAAGAUUUCAAAAUGGGGAAAGUGCUGUCUAAAAUAUUUGGCAACAAGGAGAUGAGAAUAUUAAUGCUUGGACUUGAUGCUGCUGGAAAGACAACAAUCCUUUACAAACUGAAACUUGGACAGUCUGUCACCACAAUCCCCACAGUUGGCUUCAAUGUGGAGACUGUCACCUACAAAAAUGUCAAGUUCAACGUCUGGGAUGUUGGAGGGCAAGAUAAGAUUCGUCCUCUGUGGCGACACUACUACACAGGCACCCAAGGGUUAAUCUUCGUGGUGGAUUGCGCGGACAGGGAUCGCAUCGACGAGGCAAGGCAGGAACUCCACCGCAUCAUUAAUGACCGGGAGAUGAGGGAUGCCAUCAUCUUGAUAUUCGCAAACAAGCAAGACCUCCCUGAUGCUAUGAAGCCACAUGAAAUCCAAGAGAAGCUCGGAUUGACCCGCAUCAGAGAUAGGAAUUGGUAUGUUCAGCCUUCCUGUGCGACCACAGGUGAUGGACUGUAUGAGGGCUUGACAUGGCUAACAUCAAAUUACAAAUCUUAAUGAUUGAGUGCUGACUGUUUUAGGUCAAAACUAUAAUAAAGUUGCAAGUAACAAAUAACUUUUCAAAAUGAGUAUGGUUAAGAAAAAGUUGAUUAUUUCCCAUUUAUUUUUAAUACUGUUUACCCCAUGACUAAUUUAUCUUUAACUGGGUUUGCUGGCUUAAAGUUUGCUUCUACUCUGUAGCAAGGCCUUUUCACAUUCAUCAUCUUGGGGCUUGCUUGAUGAAUUCUGAAUUGA